GCAGAAUAUUUGAACUUUUUUGUUCAACUUAAAUAAAAUAACUAAAUAAUAUAUCUAAAAAAUAAUUUCUCAUACAAUUAGGAAAUAAAACUACAUACACACAAAUAGUUUGAAGUAUGCUUAUGGUAUCUACCCUAACAAGUUGAUUUUGAAGGACCUAACGACGAGAUUCUGGCGUCUAUGGUUAGUGUGCCAGUGUUGCAGGAGUUGAUUCUGCAAGCGGAUUAUCACAGUUCCAAGGAGGUCAAGCAUGGACGACGUGGGCCUCGUCACCUCAUAUUAACGACUUAGUUCAUCUUAGGAUUUCUAUCUCUUUCUAGUUGUGAUUAACCUUUCAUGCUUGUGUCUUUUUUUCUAUGCUACUAGUGUUUGACCCCAAUAAUAGUCGUAAUAUUAAAUCAUUAAGUCAGUCCGCGUCCGCCUCAAAUAUGACGAGAUAUCCGUCUCAUGCAUUGCUUUGGAAAAUUCACUAAAUCCUCUUUGCUCUCGAGUUUAUUAUAGGUACAUCAUAAACUCUUAGUCGCCAUUUUUUUAAGGAGUGUUUCAUUUUAUCAAAAAAAAUGUUAUUCCACCAUAACUACAAAAUACUAGACAAAGACUUGAAAAUGCAAUACUUAAAUAUAUAAACUUAUACUUGAGAAGAAAUAUUAUUUAGAAAUAUUAAGCCAUAUUCCAUUGAUUAUUCAAAGUCUCUAUCUGUCUUGAAAAUUAUUGCUAGUUUGUCGUUAGGGUCAAGUCGACCUUGGAAGAAGAUUUCCAUAAUUAUCGUACAUAUGGCUUACUCAUCACCCACGUACUACAAUUAUCUAUCUAGACUUUCUUAUAUAUAAUAUACUCAGUCCCCACACGCUCUUAAAUAUUAGCACUAUUUUCUUCUAUACUUAUCGUCCCUAAACCCCAAUACUGUGCCUUAGACUCUUACAUUAUGUAUAAACUGGAGAGGUUAUAAAUUUGGGUUCGACUAUAUUUCCGUAUUCGAAUUUCCUUUUCUUAUAAAAAAAAAUUCAUUUGGUAUUUCAUAUUUUUAAAGAAUGGUUCAAUAAUUGUUUUAAUCCUUAGCCACAAUUCAAUAAUAUUUUAAGAGUGAGGAUUGCAUAAAACUUGUAAGAAAGAUUAAAUAUUUGCCAUACAUAUCUUCAAUCCUGAAUUGUAAACACAAAUAUAGCCUAUAAAAAAUUGCAUGGGGCUCGAGUAAAUUAAAUUAAUUGUGUGGAUUAUAUAUUGGAUAUCCCAAUAAUCAGGAGGAAGCAAUUGCCAAAUGGCAAGUGAAGCUUGGAAUAUGAAAAGGAAAAGGGGCACGUAAGUAGCCACAUUUUUUAAAACCUGGGAGCCACAGUGGCACAAUCCAAUUGGAUUAUCGAAGAGCGAAGGGCUAAUUUUGUCUUAUCGCUAAUGACGCAAUACGACGUGUCAACCGCAGAGCGUGAAAACUACUUUUCUUUAUUUUCCUCGACUCCUAUUUUUUUUUUCCAUCCCUUCCCUACCAAAGAUGACCCUUAUCUUCAAACUAAAUCCCCAUCGCUUUCACCCCUCUCAUUUCACAUAUCCUACUCUAUCCCAUAAUGUUUAUGCUGUAAAUCCUAAUUUCAUCAUCGCCCUUUCAAUUAUCAACUUAACUUUACUCCCAAAUUUCGGAUUUAACAUUCAUUAUUUCAGCCACAACUCUAUUCUAAUUUUUUAAGUGUAAUCCUCUAGUUCAAGUAAUUUCCUUUGUAAGAGGAAAAAUAAUUGAAUGGGGUAUGACAAUAUGAAUAAGUACAGCAAAAACACAAGAUUAAAAUAGAGAAAGCCGACACCUGGUAUCCUAAAAGAAUAACUGCUAGUGACUCCAGGCCCACUAUAUAUCAAGACAUACACGUUUAGUUUUAUUUGACGUUAAAGAUGCAUCCACAGUGGCUCUACGAGCCAAAUAAAUAAGCGGCAACAAUCAAAGCUUUCUCAACGUCUUAAAAACAAUGUCUAUCAAUAUUAAGACGACCUCCAAAAACUCCAGGAGAAAAAGAUUUAGCGAUGACCAAAUCAAGUCACUGGAGACCACGUUCGAGACUGAGGCUAGACCGGAGCUACACCUCAAGCAACACCUAGCUAGCCAUCUUGGCCUGCAGCCGCGACAAAUUGCCAUAUGGUUCCAGAACAAGAGGGCUAGAUCAAAGUCCAAGCAAAUCGAGCAGGAAUACAGCGUGCUCAAGUUCAACUACGAUGACUUAGCACUACAGUUUGACACAUUGAGGAAAGAGAAUCAAGCAUUGCUUACCCAGGUGCAGAAACUCAGAAAGAUGGCGGAUAACAAGGAUUGCGAGGAGAAUGAAAAGAAUCAAAUCAAAUUAGGAGCUACUGAAAUCCCGAGAUUGCUACUAGACAUUAAAGGCAAUGAGCUAUGCAUGCCAUCAUGCGAGGAACUGAACGGGAGAGUAGAUUACCUGGAGGAGGAGGCAGGUGUUCUGAAUAUAGCUCAGAUUGCUGAAAGUUCCUUAACAUCACCUGAAAAUGGAUGUAGCUUUGAAUCUUGUAAUUUUCUUGAUAAUACUGGCGCUAAUGCACAGUGGUGGGACUUCUAGAGUGAUCCACGAUAUAGAGUGACUACGAUAUAGAGUGAAGAUACGUGUGUGAUAGAUUAGAGAGCCAGAGUAUUUAGAACUAGGUUACAUAAACCAUACUGCAUACUUCUUCCAAUUUUGAUUUA